AUGGCGGACAGUGAUUCGAGUGUUUCGAGCAGUGAUUCCAGUGAUUCCUCUGAUUCAUCGAGCCUUUGCUCGUCAUUCAUUGAAGACUUGGAAAACAGGAAUUCCGAACAAACCUUCAAAGGGUUUAUUGAACCUUUUAGUUUUGAGCCGCAAGGCCAAAACAUUGAAGAAACGGAUCAUGUAGCGGCAGAGGAAAAUGAAGUGCAUACAGAUGAUCGCUUGAUGAACACAGAAUGGUGUACAUGUGAAUUUUGUCAAAGGAUGGAUAGGCGAGAAGAAUGUGUUUGCUGCAAGGAGGUAGAUAGAGCAAGAAAUUUAAUGAGACAGGCAGUUGAAGAUGGUGAGAUGCAGGAAGAAGGCCAAUGUAUAACAUUGCACCCAGGCUURAAAGCAGUUUGCCUUAAUGUUCAUGUACUCAAAACAGCUUGGUAUCAAUAUAAACAACAGUAUGGUAGCAAGUGCUAUGAAGGACCAGAACAUAAAAAGUAUAGGCAUGUUGGAUAUAGGCAGUUUGUUCGUUGGUGCUGGGGGUUUCUUGGAAAAGAGAUCAGGGUACCAUUGCCUUCCUGUGUUGUGUCAUGUAUAAGGGCACACUUCCCGCCUCCUGGUCUGGAAGAAAAUUUUGAGUUUCAAGGUUUUUGUUUUGCAGAUGAAUGA